CCUUGUUUCGGUCACGUGACUCGAGCUUACGAAGAUGGUGGAAGUUUCUCCUUCCUUAAAGUGAAGUCCCGACUGAGACCCAAACAUCCCGCACGGCACGGGGCUGUGAAUACACUCCAGCGGCUACGCUUUGGUUCCUCGCCUGACCUUCGCAUCCGAGCCUUCCUCUCCUCCCUAUGUCAUGGCCAGUGGGGUAUCCAAGUCAAGCACCUCCAAUGGUUACCCUGGAAAGGCACAGCUGCAAAUUACUGUUCUGUCAGCAAAACUGAAAGAGAACAAGAAAAACUGGUUUGGUCCCAGUCCUUAUGUGGAAGUAACUGUUGACGGGCAGUCCAAGAAAACCGAGAAAUGUAGCAACACCCACAGCCCCAAAUGGAAACAGCCACUCACUGUGAUUGUGACCCCAUUCAGCAAACUGGCGUUUCGUGUGUGGAGCCACCAAACUCUGAAGUCAGAUAUUUUGCUGGGCACAACUACGCUGGACGUCAGUGACACGCUCAGGUCCAAUGACAUGAUAAUCUCUGAAGUUGUACAGAACUUACACCUGUGGGCGGACAGCGACCAGUCAGAUGUGGUCGGAGAUCUGUGCGUCUGCUUGGAUGGCAUGAGUGUCGACCCCGAGAUGUUUGCCUCAGCUGAGGCAGAUCAUCACAGCACAUCAAAUGGAGAAUUGCAGCCAAAUGGGGAUCCUUCCAUAAGGCGCAGUCGAGACAGUUCUCCAGCUGUGGAAAUUGUAGAGCACAGGUCUUCUCCCAGUAUUCAGAGGUCGGCAAAAACUACGGGUUCUCCUUCAAUGUCAGCAGGGGGCUCGAAGCCUCUCCGCCCACCCAGACCAUCCAGACCUCCUCCUCCAACUCCUCGAAGGCCCACUUCUUCACCAGCAUCUUCCAGCAAUGGCUCUGCAACAGCUGAUGGUAGGAGUGGUGAGUCGGGUUCUGAUACCCCGAUGCAAAUAUCGGCCCCAGAGUCAAGUCCAUCAGCAGGUGCCGACAGGAGCUCUACAUCGACUUCAACCCCUGGAGCCACAGCAACCAGACAGCCAACCAGCACCGUCACCUCUAGGGUUCCUGCUGUUAAUGCUGGACCGCUGCCCCAUGGGUGGGAGCAGAGGGUGGAUCAGAAUGGCAGGAUGUAUUUUGUUGAUCACAUAGGAAAGAAAACAACGUGGGAACGCCCUGAACCACUACCUCCUGGCUGGGAGCGUCGUGUUGACCAGUUGGGACGGGUCUACUUUGUUGAUCACAUCUCACGGACAACCACAUGGCAACGCCCCACAAUGGAGACGAUGCGUUACUACGAGCAGUGGCAGAACCACCGCAGCCAGUUGCAGGGCGCCAUGCAGCAGUUUAACCAGAGGUUCAUAGUUGGGCUGCAAGACCAGCCUGCUGCCGUUCAGAAUAAGGAGUUUGAUCCUCUCGGCCCUCUGCCAACAGGAUGGGAAAAGAGAACAGAUGGUAAUGGCAGAGUUUAUUUUGUACAUCACACUACGCGGUCAACACAGUGGGAGGACCCACGAACACAGGGACUGUUGAAUGAGAAGCCUCUUCCAGAAGGCUGGGAAAUGCGCUUCACUGUCGACGGCAUUCCUUACUUUGUAGACCACAACAGGAAAACCACCACCUACAUCGACCCUCGCACUGGAAAAUCAUCACUGGAAAAUGGACCUGAGAUUACUUAUGUUCGAGACUUUAAAGCCAAAGUGCAGUACUUCAGAUUCUGGUGCCAGCAACUGGCGUUGCCUCAGCACAUCAAGAUCACCGUAUCCAGAAAAACCCUGUUUGAAGAUUCCUUUCAACAGAUAAUGAGCUUUAAUGCACAAGACCUGCGAAGGAGACUAUGGAUCAUCUUUCCUGGUGAAGAAGGCCUUGAUUAUGGAGGCGUUGCCAGGGAGUGGUUUUUCCUCCUAUCUCACGAGGUUUUAAACCCUAUGUACUGCCUGUUUGAAUAUGCUGGUAAAGAUAACUACAGUCUCCAGAUCAACCCAGCCUCUUACAUCAACCCCGAUCACCUCAAGUAUUUCAAGUUUAUAGGACGCUUCAUUGCCAUGGCUCUUUUUCAUGGCAAGUUUAUCGACACUGGAUUCUCACUGCCAUUUUACAAGCGCAUCCUAAACAAACCUUUGGCCCUCAAAGACCUGGAGACAAUAGACCCAGAGUUUUACAACUCUCUCAUGUGGAUCAAGGAUAAUGACAUUGAGGAGUGUGGGCUUGAGAUGUUCUUCUCUGUUGACAAAGAGAUCCUGGGAGAAAUCACCACCCAUGAGCUAAAACCUGGAGGAGGAGACCUUCAAGUCACUGAGGAGAACAAAGAGGAGUACAUCAGGCUUGUAGCAGAGUGGAGAUUGUCAAGGGGAGUGGAGGAGCAGACAGAUGCUUUCUUUGAAGGCUUCAAUGAAGUCCUUCCUCAGCAGUACCUGCAGUAUUUCGACGCUAAAGAGCUGGAGGUUAUGCUGUGUGGCAUGCAGGAAAUUGACCUUGGAGACUGGCAGAAAAACACAAUCUAUAGACACUAUGCUCGAAACAGCAAGCAGAUUUUCUGGUUUUGGCAGCUCAUAAAGGAGAUGGACAAUGAGAAGAGGAUGAGGCUGCUACAGUUUGUCACCGGUACCUGUCACCUGCCUGUAGGAGGCUUUGCUGACCUUAUGGGAAGCAAUGGUCCACAGAAGUUUUGCAUUGAGAAGGUGGGAAAAGAAAACUGGCUUCCCAGAAGUCACACAUGUUUUAACAGACUUGACUUGCCACCAUAUAAGAGCUACGAGCAGCUAAAAGAGAAGCUGAUGUUUGCCAUCGAGGAGACGGAAGGCUUUGGGCAGGAGUGAGAGUAAACCAGGAGACGUGCCUGAGGUUAUAAAAAUCACAAGUGUUGAAAUCAGGGAGCCUUUUCAAAUAAAGGAAGGUCGUCUGUGUGUUUGAGCUCAUGCAUGCAUGUACCUGUAUGAUACUUGGAACGGGUGCAUCUCCCACGCUGCAUGUUGUUGCAAAGGAGGUGAGAUUUGGGAACUGGCGUCUUCCAUGCACACCCUUGCUCACAGCAGAUCUUCCAAAGCCUGAUUGUUAUGUGAUGCUUUUUCUGUUCUUCUAAACCAAAACGCAGAAGCUGCUCCUCUCUCUCAGAAUGUGCUCAGAUUUUAUGCAUGGGUUCCUGAAAACUCACCGCGAGCCACAUCUGUUUACAUCCGCAGUUGUUUUUUUCUUUCCCAAACCUAUGACUGUGAAUGAGUAGACAACAGGUGACCUUGAGGUUACAUAGUCCCAUAAAUAGAAAUGCAUAGCUUUAGCUUUAGAAAGGGUUUAACCCACUUUGAGCAUCUUUAAAUUUUUCGCCCUCUUAUCCUGCAUUUUGUGACUAAAGUAGUUCAAACAAAACAUUAAAAUACAUGACAAUAUCAGAUGAUGGCACCAAAAAUAAUGCUAACUUAAUGAUGGUGGUUUAAAUAGCACUUGGGAAACCUGUGUAAGUUAAGUAAAGAGAGAACCAGCUGGGCUGUAGAUUUUAUAGUAGUGACCUACAGACCACUUUGAGAUUGUGAAAAGUGUUGUACCCUCCAUUAUUUAUAGUGGUGGAAUAUGUGAAAGACUUCAGGAGAACUUUAUUCUUCCCUAGUUUUAUAGGGCCGGAGAUUGUACUGCGAGAUUUACUCUGGGAGAAUAUUUUAAGUUAUUCAACGCAAUGUUAACUUUAGAUGCCUUCUUUCUUUUAAUUUUAAAGAGUGGGUCUUAUUCAUGCUGAAGAAAGCUAAAGAGGGGUGAAUUAACUGUUUUAAGGUAUCAUUCAAUGUAUUUAGUACUUAGGAUAAGUCAGGACUCUCAAAAUAAAAUGACGUUCAGGCAGAAUUUAAGAAGACACUUCAUGUAGCUGUUCAUACACAUGUAGCCUGUGAAGCUAACAGACAGUCAGUAUCCAUGUGUAACUCCUUCAGUGCCCUAAAGCAAACCACAAGAUGGACAAGGAAAUCUUUGUACCAUUUGAAAUUGCUUUCUAUUUUUAAACUUAAGUGUUUUUACUUUCUAACGUAGAAGAAUCGGUGUGUGUUAAUGCAUUUAUUUCAGUUGUGGGGAGAGAUUCUUACUAUGGUGUUCAUUAUGGAGGUGAUUGUAAGAUCAGCUUUGACAGAUUACUAACUGAUUAUAUAGCCUGAUUAUGUGCACGAGGAAACUUAACAAUGUUUUACCAGUAUUGACUUCACAUAUUCUAUAAUUGAAAGUACUUGUUUGGUUUGGCUUGGUUUGGAUUUUAUAUGGUAUCAACAGUAUCACAGCAGAUGUCACUCUAAUUUAUAUGCGUGGAAUUAAUCACUGGUGGGUGUAGUAACUUAUUCAGAGAAUCCCCAAGAAACCCAAAGACGGGUCUGAUCACUGACAACAAAUUGUCCAGUAAUAAAAGUAGGUUUUUAUUUACUAAUAAAAAGCUGCUUCCACUUGGUCUUCUUCCAGCAUGUGGGGACAUCAUCCAGUCUGCAUUAGUAACUCUAGGCUCUUGCUUUGUAAAGUGCUUUUGGUGUUUGUCAUUAGCCUUUGGAAAAGACAACAACUGACACAGCUGUGGAAAAUUCAGUGUAGUUUAACAAAUGUAUCACAAUGAAAGUUGACCAGUUUAGUUGCCUAUUUACAUUUUUACCUCAGAUUUUACCCAUAAUGCAGAGUGUCAAUAAUAAUAAGAUCAUAGUUAAGCAAAUAUGUAAAUACCAUAAUUCAGUGCUCUUUUUACUUUCUCUAGACUUAACUGAAGUCAACUAUACCACUGUCACUCUCCUGUACAUGAAUUGGUUGUAAAUUAUGUCAAUAACAUUGUCUUUUGUAAAAGAGAGGUUUUAAUAAGAGGUUUAUGGUUAUGCUAUAUUUUCUUUUCCCUGUUUAAUUUCUGAUGUACAUGAAAGAUGUGUAAUAUAGAAAUUGUCAACUUAAUAAAUUAAGUCAAAACUGA